AUGGCUGCUCCGAGAACCACGCAUCAUUCUGCUGUGUUACACAUCCUUCGCUAUGUGAAGGGCACCUUAUUGCAUGGUUUACAUUUCUCGGCCAGUUCUUCCUUGUCCCUUAGCGGCUACUCUGAUGCAGAUUGGGCUGGAGAUCCUACUGGUUUGAAGCAAACCUUGGUUUCCCGUUUGAGUGCCGAGUCUGAGUAUCGUGCUCUUGCUGAUUCUACCGCAGAGCUAUUAUGGUUGCGUCGAUUACUUGUUGAUCUUGGUGUCCCUCAGUCAUCCUCUACUGCUCUUUAUUGUGAUAGCCAGAGCGCUGUCAAGAUUCUCGACAGCUCGCAUUUCAGCCGCGACACAGUCCGCCACCGCAGCAAGCCCCGUUUGUCCUGGCCGGUGUCGCCACUAGACCCCCACCACCAUAGCGCUGCACGCGCGUGGUCGCUGGCUGGGACGUGGGGCGCAACUACAUGUGGCAGGAUGCGGGCACGAGCUGGUGGCACUCGCGAUGUCGCUGGCUUAGACACGGGGCGCGGGCGCGGCCUUGUCAAAACUCGCGAGAUCGUGAGCGAUGACAGGGGACGCGAGUGCGGCAUGUCGGCACUCGCGAGUGCUGGGCUCCGCGACACUCACGAGGUCGCCGGCUAG